CCCAUCGCCUACAGCCGCCCCGGACCUGGCCAUGGGGAACGUGCCAUCCGCGGUGAAGCACUGCCUCAGCUACCAACAACUUCUCCGGGAGCAUCUCUGGAUCGGGGAUUCAGUGGCAGGGGCGUUCGAGCCCGCGCAGGAAUCAUCCCAGCCAUCUGGACUUCCUGAAUAUGUGAAAAUAGUAGAAGUUGGACCUAGAGAUGGAUUGCAGAAUGAAAAGAUUAUAGUUCCUACAGAUAUAAAAAUUGAAUUUAUCAAUCAACUUUCCCAAACUGGCUUGCCUGUAAUAGAAGUGACAAGCUUUGUGUCUUCCCGAUGGAUACCACAGAUGGCAGAUCACACUGAAGUGAUGAAGGGCAUUCGUCAAUAUCCAGGAAUUCGAUAUCCUGUCCUUACUCCUAAUCUUCAGGGUUUCCACCGUGCUGUUGCUGCUGGAGCCACUGAGAUCUCCGUUUUUGGUGCUGCCUCUGAACCCUUUAGCAAGAAGAAUAUUAACUGUGCUAUUGAAGAAAGUAUGGAGAAGUUUGAGGAGGUCGUUAAGUCUGCAAGACACAUGAAUAUUCCAACACGAGGGUAUGUAUCCUGUGCCCUGGGCUGUCCAUAUGAAGGAAACAUCACACCGCAGAAAGUAACAGAAGUAUCUAAGAGACUGUAUGGCAUGGGCUGUUACGAGAUUUCCCUGGGAGACACAAUUGGAGUGGGAACUCCAGGAAGCAUGAAGAGGAUGUUGGAAAGUGUCAUGAAAGAAAUCCCACCCAGGGCUCUUGCUGUUCACUGUCAUGACACAUACGGACAAGCCUUAGCAAAUAUCCUUACGGCCCUUCAGAUGGGCAUUAAUGUGGUGGAUUCUGCAGUAUCCGGAUUAGGUGGUUGCCCUUAUGCAAAAGGUGCUUCUGGGAACGUAGCCACUGAGGAUUUGAUCUACAUGCUUAAUGGCCUGGGGGUCAAGACAGGUGUGAAUCUUUACAAAGUGAUGGAAGCUGGUGACUUCAUCUGCAAAGCUGUGAAUAAAACUACAAACUCUAAAGUAGCACAAGCCUCAUUUAAUGCUUGACUUGAAUGCAUUUGUGAGUUAAGGCUGAGAAGCUCCAUUUCAGCUACAGAUACUCAUCUGAAAAUCAUUACUGCCAACUUGUUCUGAAAUGUGAAGUAAUAGACAAGAGUGGGGGAAAAAAGAGAUACUUUGAAAAAGAGUAGGCUGGAUAGAUUACGAAAUUGACGGGAAGAUACACCAGUCAUCAGGUGAAUUGCAAGCCGGGGCUAAAUAAUAAAAUUUGUGGACAUGCUUU